AUACCAGGCGGAAUCAGUUUGAAGAAGUCCAACCGGAAUUUUCCUCGUUCAAGGUCGGUCCAGGCGAAGCCAUCCUGAUGGAUCGACAUUAAAUGGUGCAUCAAGCGACGCUCCUCUGGCCAUAGAAAUCCCUCGGGAUGAAGGGAGUCGAUGAUGUCGCGUCGUUCAGUGGUGUAACGACCAAUGGGAAGGAACGGGGGAGGGAUCGGGGUGAGAGUUGGAAGGGUGUCCAGUGGGUCUCCGUGAAUCUCCCUGACAAUUCGAAACUGCUCCGGGAGACUCCCUAGGACCGGCCGGAUUUUGCGUGCUACUGGUUUGUAAUUUUUCUUGAAGACGUCGACUUGCCGCGCGGAAUACGGGUUAGAAAGUGAUGUAGAUUGUUUGUAGAUUGGAAUAGAGGCUGCAGGAUUGAUAGGGGGGAU